AUGUCACCCAAUCAGCCACCGACGACAACCCGCCUUGCCUGCAAAUAUCUCUGCGAGAGCACAUUUAUCCACUUUGGCAACUUGGGAUUCGGCAACAUCAACUCCGACCUCGGGCACCUCUCCCUCGCGAAACUCAACGGCAUCAGCAACCAUCCGCGUAUAGCCAACUACCAUGUCCAUCGCUUUGGGGCUGGGCUGCCCUGGCGCCGCUUGAGACGUUCGGGCUAUGUCAGUGAAGCCGUCGAAGGCAGCAGCGACAGCGAGAGCGACGAUGGUGUCGAAGUUCAGAGCGAAAGCGACAGCGAGAGUGUAGCUGAUAGUGACAUUACCGAUAUUGGCCACGAUUAUGACUCCUACUAUCCAUUGACUUGGAUGGUGGUUCUGACGAUGGCUCUGAAGAUGACUCUAGUAUUGGAUCUAGUAUUGGCUCUGACGAUGGCUCUGACGAUGGCUCCGACAAUGACUCCGACCAUGAUCAAUGGUGACGGCGAUAGUGACACCGAUAGCGAAAGUGGCAGCCAUAACAACAGUGAUUGUCAGCUCCAGUACCAUGCAGGCCCGGUAAUCAGGGAUCGAGAGUCAAUCCAGCGCUGGCAAGACGUGAUCAAGCGUUUCGUCAAUUGCAGGUCACUUAGCCUUCGGGAUCCGUUCUAUUCCGACCUUCUUACCUACUCCUAUAACCCUACUGCAGCUGGGCUGAGUAGAGAAGCAGCAGACGAAAAGGACCGCGAAUUCCGCGAACUGAGCAAAACCAUACCCCGCCCAGCUCUGCACGAGAACGAGAUAUUUAACGACCACCUGGACAUUUCGGACGCCUACAUGGUGCUGGUGAAUAUCGUUUCCAAUGUCCAGAUCCCGGUCGAGAAAUUGGAGCUCGAUAUCAACGUCCUUUGCCUGCACCGAAUCGACAUAGCCCACCUCGACGACCCGGCCUUCUGCGCUGCCUGGGCAAGUUCGUCGGAUUUCACAUACCGCGUCGCCGGUUGGCGAGGUCGUGAUCGUGAGAACGAGCGCGCAGCAGCAACCUUCGUCGUAAGGCCAAUUGCUCGCGGUAUCAAUCUACAGUCCUUAACAUUCAGCGCCGGGAGCUCCACGAACCCCGCGCAGAUCGUCAGUUGUCUUGUAUCUAACAAGAUCCCGCCCAACCCACAGCUCAAAUCACUCACUGUAGACACAGUUGAUUGUCUGCAGUACGGCAAAAGCCUGGUUAAGCUGGUGAAAUGA